ACCGGCGCCCGGGACGGCGCCCCGCCGGGAGCGCAGCCUCCCUGGGCACUGUCUGAGCAGGCCUGCCUGGCAAGCUAGGACAUGUCUGGCCCCCGAGGACAGUUGGUGGGUGAUGUCUGCAGUGGCGGAGGGGCUGGAGCUCGAGGCAGCCGCUGCUGCUGCAGAAGAUGCUGCAAGAGAUGCUGCGGAGGCUGUGGAUACAGGGCCCAAGGAACCUCCUCUCCUGGCUGGGAACCGGCUGAGUUUGGACCUGUACCCUGGGGGCUGUCACCGGCUGCUGCACCUGUGUGCUCAGCAGCCCCCUCAGCUGCUGCAGGUGGAGUUCUUGCGGCUGAGCACCCACGAAGACCCUCAGCUGCUGGAGGCCACCCUGGCCCGGGUGCCUUGGAGCCUACCACUCCUCCGUUCCCUGGUCCUCAAAGGUGGGCAAUGCCGGGAUGCACUGGGUGCCUGCCUCCGUGGCACCUUGAACACGCUGCCUGACAGCCUGAGUGGCCUGGCCUCCCUGGCCCACCUGGACCUGAGCUUCAACAGCCUGGAGACACUGCCGGCCUGCAUCCUAGAGAUGCAUGGCCUGGACGCUCUCCUGCUCUCUCACAACCGCCUGUCAGAGCUGCCUGAGGCCCUGGGGGCCCUCCCGGCCCUCACCUUCCUCAGUGUGACACACAAUUGCCUGCAAACGCUGCCCACAGCACUAGGGGCCCUGUCCACCCUGCAGCGCCUUGAUCUCUCUGAGAACCUCCUGGACACUCUGCCCCCUGAGGUUGGAGACCUCAGCAGCCUCUGUGAGCUCAGUGUGGCCUCCAAUCAGCUGCAGAGCCUCCCGGCUUCCCUUGUGGGGCUGCGGUCCCUGCGGCUCCUUGUUCUGCACAGCAACCUCCUGACCUCGGUGCCUGCUGGCCUGGCUCACCUCCCGCUGCUCACCCGACUCGACCUGAGGGACAACCAGCUCCGGGACGUGCCCCCUGAGCUACUAAGUGCCCCCUUUGUGCGGCUGCAGGGGAACCCCCUGGGUGAGGCCUCACCAGAGCCCCCAAGUUCCCCAGGGACACUCCUGGUUCUGGAAAUGCCCAGACUGUUCCUGACCUCAGAUGUGGACAGCUUCCCUGUGACCCCCCAAGGCUGUUCUGUGACCCUGGCCUGUGGCGUCCGCCUACAGUUCCCUGCGGGGGCCACAACUAUCCCCAUCACCAUCGGCUAUCAGCUGUGGCUACCAGAGCCAGGCCUCGUCCCCCUGGGUCCUCAUGACUCCCUGCUCAGCGGUGUCCUAGAGCUGCGGCCCCAUGGGGUGGCCUUCCAGCAGGAUGUUGGCCUGUGGCUGCUCUUUGUCCCCCCACGGGCCCGGCGUUGCCGUGAGGUGGUAAUCAGGACCCGGACAGACAACAACUGGAGUGACCUGGAUACCCACCUGGAGGAAGAGGCACCCAAGCGGCUCUGGGCUCACUGCCAGGUGCCCCACUUCUCUUGGUUCCUCGUGGUUUCGCGCCCUGUGUCUAACACCUGCCUGGUGCCACCAGAGGGGACACUGCUGUGCUCCUCAGGUCAUCCUGGGGUCAAGGUCACCUUCCCCCCUGGGGCCACCGAGGAGCCUCGUCAAGUCUCCAUGCAGGUGGUGCGCAUGGCCAGCCGAGAGCUGCGAGCUCUCCUGGGGGAGCCGGAGACUGCAGUCAGCCCCCUGCUGUGCCUCUCACAGAGCGGCCCCCCCAGCUUCCUCCGACCAGUCACUGUGCAGCUUCCUCUGCCCCCUGGCGUCACAGGCCUCAGUGUGGACCGCUCCCGCCUGCACCUGCUGUACUUGGCCCCUCCUGCAGCCACCUGGGAUGACAUCACAGCUCAGGUGGUACUGGAGCUCACCCACCUGUAUGCUCGCUUCCAGGUCACACACUUCUCCUGGUACUGGCUCUGGUACACCACCAAGACCUGUGUGGGGGGCUUGGCACGGAAGGCUUGGGAGCGGCUGCGGCUGCACCGCGUGAACCUCAUUGCCCUGCAGAGACGCCGGGACCCGGAGCAGGUCUUGCUGCAGUGCCUGCCCCGAAACAAGGUGGACGCUACCCUGCGGCGGCUGCUCGAGCGGUACCGUGGUCCGGAGCCCUCCGACACCGUGGGGAUGUUUGAGGGCGAGCAGUUCUUUGCAGCCUUCGAGAGGGGCAUUGACGUGGAUGCUGACCGCCCGGACUGCGUGGAGGGCAGGAUCUGCUUCGUGUUCUACUCACACCUGAAGAACGUGAAAGAAGUGUACGUGACAACCACUCUGGACCGGGAGGCUCAGGCUGUGCGGGGCCAGGUGUCCUUCUACCGGGGCACGGUGCCCAUGGAAGUGCCCGAGGAGGCUGAGGCCGCCCGGCGGAGGAAGGAUGCGGAUGCUCUGUGGAUGGCCACUCUGCCCAUCAAGCUGCCGAGACUGCGGGGAUCCGAGGGGCAAGGGUGGGGGGCUAGCCUCUCCCUGGCACCUCUGAACCUGGGCGAUGCUGAGACCGGCUUCCUGACUCAGAGCAACCUGCUGAGCGUGGCUGGGCGCCUGGGUCCUGACUGGCCGGCUGUGGCCCUGCACCUGGGCAUGCCCUACCGUGAGCUGCAGCGCAUCCGACAUGAGUUCCGGGACGACCUGGACGGGCAGAUCCGCCAUAUGCUGUUCUCCUGGGCUGAGCGCCAGGCUGGGCAGCCUGGGGCUGUAGGGCUACUGGUGCAGGCCCUGGAGCAGAGUGACCGGCAGGACGUGGCUGAAGAAGUGCGCGCCGUCUUGGAGCUCGGCCGCCGCAAGUACCAAGAUGGCAUCCGGCGCACGGGCUUGGCCUCCGAGGACCCCGCUCUACCUGGCUCUUUGCCUUCAGAGUCCCCAGAGCCUGGCCAGGCCUAGGCCCCAGACUUUAGGCUGGCCCCUGACAUACCGUGGCCGAUGGGCAGA